GAAAUUUGUACACACUUUAGUGCAUGCGCGUAUUUUGGUUUGUGUUGUGUCUCAGCCACGAUCGGGCAUGCACAGAAUCAACACCAUUUUGGUCGCACGAAACCGCCCCUUUUCGCCCAUUUUUAGCACGCUUUCGGGCGUUAAGCUGUGAAAAUGGUGUUCGAAUCGCUUGUUGUGGACUUGCUGAACCGUUUUCUUGGCCAAUAUAUUGAGAAUCUUGAUGCAUCGCAGUUGAAACUUGGCAUUUGGGGAGGAGAUGCUGUUCUUCAAAAUUUGGAUGUGAAGGAAGGAGCUCUGAAUGAUCUGGACUUACCGGUCAAAAUCAAGUCUGGUCAUCUGGGUAAACUGACCCUCAAGAUCCCAUGGAAGAACCUGUACUCAGCCCCAGUGGAAGCUACUAUUGAGGGUCUCUAUGUCUUGGUUGUUCCAAAUGCAGAUAUCAAGUACGAUGCAGAGAAGGAUUCCCAGCAGAAGUUUGAGGCCAAACAACGGACCCUGCAGAUGGUGGAGGACACUAAACAGAAAGAGAAGGAGAGAGAGGAAGGCGCAGAGAAAGAUGCCAAGGCUGACUCGUUUGUGGAGAAGAUGGCCAGUCAGGUGAUUAAGAACCUUCAAGUCAAGGUAUCUGACAUCCAUAUGCGCUAUGAAGACAAGACAACUAAUACGAAUGCUCCAUUCUCUAUUGGAACUACACUUCAUAACGUCUCACUCAAGACCACAGAUACCAACUGGAAGGAGUGCUUGGCGGAUGCAGCAACUAAACUCAUUUACAAGAUGCUGCGUCUGGACUGUCUCUCUGUAUACUGGAACAGCAACUCAGAGUUGUACUCAGACCUACCCAGGCCCCAGCAACAGGCAAAGAUGCGAGAAACCAUUACAUCAGAUCCUACGAAAACACCCAAGAACUACCAGUUCUUGGUUGAACCGAUCUCUCUGAAGGCCCAGCUGAAACUGAACACCAAGCCUGAGAAUGAUAUGACUAACCCUAAAGCCUGGCUCAAUUUAGUCAUCGAUAGUAUUGGCCUGGCCGUUAGACAGAAACAGUUCCGUGAUGUGAUGAAGAUGCUUGAUUCUUUCGAGAGGAUGUCACGUAACGAGCCAUUCAGGAAGUAUAGACCAACCUGCCCAGCUAAAGGCAACGCUAAGAUCUGGUGGCACUACGCCCAGAAGUGCAUCUUAGAGGAGACAGUGAGACGAAGACACAAGAUGUGGUCUUGGACUCACAUCAAAGAGCAUCGGAGAAUGUGCAAAGAGUAUCAGAAGCAGUAUGUGACAAAGCUUGACACCAGUAAACCUGGCAAAGACCUGACUGCUCAACUAGAGUCUUUCGAGAAGGAGCUUAGUGUGAUGAACAUCACCAUGUGCCGACAGCGUGCCGAGGUAGAAUUCCAUCGCCUCGGCAAGAAACGAGCCAAGGAGAAGGCUGAGAAGGGAUGGUUCGGAGGAUGGUUUGGUGGAGGCAAGAAACCAGAUGAGAAAAAGGAAGCAGGAGACCUCAGCGACAUAGCAGGUCGUUUCCAAGAAGCAAUGUCGGAGGAAGAGAAAGCUAAGAUGUACAGUGCCAUCGGCUACAGCGACAAGAGCGUGGACCCAACAUUCCCUAAAGAUUAUGUGGGGAUCAAGGCCCACAUGAAUCUGAAGAGCACGACCGUCAAACUUCUUGAUGAAGAGCGCCCUCUCCCUCAGCUUCUUAAUCUAUCCGUUACUGAUCUGACUGCUGAUUUCAAUCAGAGACCAUCUGCAGAGGCCAUCAAGUUGGAUUUGAAAUUGGAUGACUUCAGUGUAUUUGGCACCCCCUUGGAACAAGGCAAGAUCCCUCAAUUGGUGGAGUCACAGAACCUUGAAGCAGACAAGCAAUAUGCGUUAGUCAGCCUGUUGGUGGAGGUUAACCCAUCGGAUGGCAAGGCUGAUCAGAGGAUUAGAUUGAAUACUAGACCCAUCAAGAUUGCUUAUGAUGCUAAUACCAUCAACCAGAUUGCCAAGUUCUUUGAGCCGCCCAAGGAUAUUCAUCUAGAUGAUUUAUCCUCAGCAGCGGUAUCGUCCCUUGGUGAGUUCACAGUGCAGUCUUCCACCGGCAUGCAGUAUCUGGUUGAUAAUAAGAGCAUCUUAGAUGUCUGUAUCGAUCUCAAGCCAUCUUAUAUCAUCAUACCAGAGAAUGGAGUCAAUGAUGGGACUGGUAGUGCCUUGAUAGUUGAUCUUGGUAAUCUAAAGUUGAACACGGUGAACGAGGAAAGACAUGAAGAACCACGACGAGAGAAUGAAUCUUUGGAUGAUUUAAUGAAGAAGGCUUAUGAUGUGUUCAACAUUGAGCUUCAAUCAGUACAGGUUAUCCUGGCUGCUGCAGGUGAUGACUGGGGUGAAGCCAGGAAGCUUGGAGGGUCACCUCUUCAUCUGUUGCAGCCACUGGAUCUCAAGGUUGGACUUCAUAAAUGCUUUGUGGAAGAUUCUAGACUCGCCCAGAUUAAGAUAACAGGAGAGCUGCCCGAUGUGACUGUGGACGUGUCCGACUACAAACUUCAAGAGCUUCUGAAACUGGCUCUGAGUAUCCCGGUCCCCGAGUUAAGCAAAGAACCUGAGGAGAAGUUCUCAAGGGACAAGCUGUUUGUAUCCUCCGAUCAGUCCCUGGGUGUAGCCAUCGAUGGCUCUCUAUCUGUAAGAGAUCCACUCUUGCCGGCAGACAAGCCCAUCACAGCUCCCGUCGGGAAGGAGGUUGUCAAGGCUGGGGAGGAGAGUCUUGCAGACACACAACGAACCAGCCUGGAGCUCCAGUUUGAACUCAAGAAGGUGGGUCUAAACUUGUCCCAGCGAUGUUCUGGUGAAGAGAAACCACUUAUAUCUGUUGCUAUCCACGCUCUGGGUACUCAAGUACGUAUGAGACCAUGGGAUAUGAGUGCUACUGUAUCCCUGGGUAGCGUGUCUGUUCAACAUAGGCAGUUCAAAGCUUUGGAUGGUGGUGACCUGUUCUUGGUUCAGACACCAGCUUAUGAAAAAGGGACAGACAGACUUUUGUCAAUCAACUACCAAAAGGCAGAGAAGAAGAGCCCAGAGUUUGCCACCACCUACCAGUCAACAGAGCAAGACAUCACCGUCAAGUUCACCACCCUAGAGAUUGUAGCCCACUCCGAUGCCAUUCUCAAUUUAACAGACUUUGCAGACACCCUUGUAGCUAGUCUAGACACCGGGAAGGGGGCAGCCAGUGGGGCGGAGCCUGAAGAUGAGGGGUACCUCAGUGAAGACGAGAAGAAACCAAAAGGCAAGAGAGUAAAGAGAUUGAAGCCAAGUGACACCAUUGACGUAAAAUUGACAGCCGAUCUAGACGUCAUCUCCCUGGUCGUGUGUACUAAAGACACCAGCCUGACUGAAGUUAACAUCAAAGGGCUGAAAGCUGGAGUUUUACUUCAGAAGCAUGUUACAACAGUAUCAGCCCUCCUUCAGGAUAUCACGGUGACAGACCCAACACCAGGGGCUUUAUACCCCAAGAUUGUCUCCUUCGUCGACGAUGAGGUGUUUAAGGUUAAAGCUGAGUUGUUCAACGGCUCCACUGCAGCGGAUGGAUACUCUGAUAUGAGUGCUGUAGACAUUCGAGUUGGUCUGAGCAUGGGACGUAUGAGGGCCAUCUUCCUGAACAAGUUCGUUAUGAGACUCCUGUCCUUUGUGGACCAGUUCUCACGAGCCAAAGCAGCAGCAGCCGAAGCCAGCGCAAACGCCGCCUUAGCCGCUAAGAAGACUGCAGAGAACAUGCAGGAACGCUGCAUCCGCAUCGCUCUCGAUGUCGUCAUCAAGGCCCCACUGAUCAUCAUCCCUAAGAGUUCAACCUCAGACAUGGCUCUGGUGGCUGAUCUUGGUCAGCUACUGGUGCAGAAUUCCUUCAGUAUGGCAGCUGGAACUGAGAGUAUGGAGUUACCGGCUGUAUUGGAGGCAAUGCAGGUAGCUCUACAAUCUAUCCAGCUAUCAAGAGCCGUCUUGCAAGGUGGUCGUAUCAAGUCUGAAGUGUUGAUGUUAGAACCAAUGGGCUUGAAUAUUGACCUAGUCCGUAAUCUAGCUGCCAGCUGGUACCACAAGACACCUGCUAUUGCACUGUCGGGCAAACUGCAACCCAUCAGGUUUUCUAUUGGUCCAGAUGACUUUGCCCUGGUUAUGGGUAUUCUCAAUAAGAACUUAGCAGAGGGUCAACUGGAAGUGGUUGAGGCAGAAAGUCCUUCUGCAUCGGGUGGAGAGGUGCCACCUGCUGAGGGAGGGGCAGCUGCUGCAUCUGAUGUCAAGUCUGCAGCCAAGGAGGAGAUAAAAGCCGAUGUCCCAGCGCCAGAGACAACUGAAGAUCCAUGGGAGCAAAUCUGUGUAGACUUUGAGUUGGAGGGAAUCUACACUUCCUUGUACACUGGCAAGCUAGACCUGCGUCCUUUGGAGGGUCGUCAGGAGAGGAUACCCCAUGAAGCCCUAGGCUGCUUUGCAGUCUGUCAGCUUGGAGUUAAAGCAAGCAUACAAUCCAACAUGGCUAUAACGGCUAAUGCAAAACUAGCCAAGAUUCUCCUUGAUGACAUACGUCCAGGGAGAGGCGAUGCCAUUACAAGGAUGCUUGGUUCCCAUGGUGAUGAUCAGGAUCUUGAAACAAUCACCGUGAAGUUUGAGCAGAUGGCCAACCAGGACAAGAAUAUUGAGGCGUCAGUCAGAAACUUCCACGCUUGUGUUUGCGCCGAGUUCCUGAUGACUGUAGCCGAAAUCUUCACCAAGGGACUCGAAGAGAGUGCUGUGCCCAAACCAGAGGAUAAAGACAAGAAGCCUGUCAAGAAAGCAAUGCAGACGCCUAAUAACACACCUGCGGGUACCCCUGACGCCCAGGAAAGUACCCAACAAGGUGUCAUUACGGUGAAAGCAAUCCUGGACAGCCCGGAGAUCGUCCUGGUCUCGGAUUCUUCUAAGAAGGAUACCAACGCCUUGGUCCUCAAAACUAUGGGAGAGGUGAACCUUACCAUGUCCGGCAAUGCAAUGUACAUCAAAGGUGGUUUGCAGCAACUCCGUAUCAAUGCAUGCCCUUAUCUAGAACAGCAUCGUAUCGGCAAGAUGACCAAGGUACUGGUGCCAUGUAACGUGGACUUCAACCUGAACGCACCCAAUGGUAAAGGUCAGCAUAUCAGCCUAAUGAUUGAGGAGAUUGCACUCAACAUCAGUCCAGAAGUCAUCAAAGUACUAAGCUCUGUCAGCCAGACGCUAACUCCAACAAAGCCUGAGACCGAUGAGGAGAAGCGAAGCAAAGCUAUCGUUCCUGUGGAUCUCUGGGAUGCUAAGAAGGUGUCUGAACAUAACUUCUGGUUCUUCAAGGAGGAAGAGGGUAUAGACGUGAACACUCUUCUUGAAGAGGCGGUUGUGGGUGCCGUGGAGCAGUCUCGAGGUGAAGAGUUAGUAGCGACAAUUAAAAGUGUUAUCAUCAAACUAGAGGCCAGCGUAGGACGGCGUACUGUUCCUAUGCUGACUGUGGAUGCUAGUGUAGAGGCUGUCGUCAAAGACUGGUCGACCAAGCUUCAUGUUGAAACCCACAUGACAACAGAGAUUGCUUGUUACAAUGAGAAGGUGUCUGCUUGGGAGCCACUCUUGGAGCCACUGGAAGCAGAAGCCGGUCAACAUAAACCAUGGGAUCUUAGUCUGGAUAUUGUGAAGAAUAAUGACCUGCUUGACAUCGCAUCUACAGCAGCCUCAGGUGAGGCAGACGAGGAGGUGGAUGUAUCCCUGGCUCCUCCUGUGAUGACAGUCACCGUCUCAUCAAGCAGUAUGCUACAGUUGACACUCACUAAGACGUGCCUAGAGAUGCUUACUAACCUUGGGAAGGCAUUUGGUGAAGCAAUGGCCGAUCCGAACACUACCAUUAAAGAUGAUGUGGUGGUUCCAGCAUGUACCGUCAUCAACCGCACUGGCCUGGCAAUCGUGUUGAAAGCAGGAAACUACUACGCGUUACCUGACAGCGCCAAAGAUGGGAAAUGCAGCCUGAAACACAAUGACGAAGUCGGCCUGACUCUAGCCAAAGCAGCUAUGGGAACAGUCAGACAGAAGUCCAUUCUGAAAUCAGCGGAAACAAACUUGAAACGUGAGAUUACCAUCCAGGUCGAAGGUUACCAAGAAGUAGCCAAUAUGGCGGUAUUCAGAGCUGGUAAAGUCUUGUACAAUCUAACACCAUCUAAGAAGACACACUCAGCAACGGUCAUCUCAGUGGUGCUAGAUAUAGAGGCUCAGCUGGACUCAAGGACUGUGGUUAUACGCUCACCACUUCAAUUCCACAACCAUUUCGAGACGGACGUUGAGAUCUACACCCGAGUUUCAAACUGGACCGAGAAACUGGGUGUGAUCAAGGGGUCUGAGAAGUUUGUCGUUCCUCUCAAUGUGGCUCACAAUGACCAGCUGUUGAUCAAGCCCCUGGACAAGAGCGGAGAAGUAGAGUACAGCCUGUGCGAUGCCUCCGUGAUGUGGCAGAAAUUAUGGGAACAACUUCAGAAGAAACAGAGCAGUGUAACAUUCAGGUGCCCCUGUAAGACUGAGGGUCACACCCCGUCUUUUAUCAAUAUCGUAACGGAGCCAGACAUCAUGCGGUUUGUUUAUGGAAACUCACUGACUGCUCCCAAGUUUACUCUACAUCUGUACCCAGUGGUCAUUCUACGGAACCUCAUGCCAAUACCCAUCUCAUACACCCUGGCGGGUUCCGGAGGUGAAGUCAAGGUAGAGCCCACCCAGCAGACUCAACUGUCCAAUGUAGAUAUGGGCAGUACAAUGAUCAUGAUAGCGCUUCUUGGUUACUCGGACACCGAUUGGAGAGGAGAGAUAACCCUCCGGCCAGGCCUGAAGGAGUUUUUCCAGCUUGGGUUCCGAGGCGGAGCUACCAACGAGCGUUGGUUAGAGCUGGGUGUCUUAGCUGAUUACAGUGGUGGCUAUCUGGAGAUGACGCUCUUCUCAACAUACUGGCUUAUUAAUAAGACUGGACUACCAUUGGCUUAUAAGGCCGGAAAUGACAUCAUUGAUCAUCCAGCUGACAAGACGGAACCGAUUUUGUUCUCGUAUCCAACACAUAAAGGAUUCAGCCCUGGCAAGAAUAAGAUUUCUCUUAAGGUUGGCGAUUCACACUGGUCGGAUAAAUUCUCCCUGGAUGCAGUGGGAAGCUCAGGUUUCAUCGCCUGCAAGAAUGACGACAAAGCAAGAGAGGGCCAAGAAGCGGCAGUUGCUAAGCACAAGAAAUACAGUGUCGGAGUCCAGAUUCAGCUGAGUAAUUUCGGCAUGACUAAGAUCGUUGUGUUGAAUCCACGAUACCUGAUUGUAAACCAGACAGACUUCACCAUCAGAUGCUCAGAAGUUGGCGGAGAGUUGUUAGAGAUCCCACCAAAGGAGUGUGUUGCAUUCUGGCCAACUGAUAAGAAGGCCAACCCCAAGAUGGUCGUCCUGACGGAAGAUUCCAAAGAGCCUUCUCUUCCGUUCCUCUUCACCGACCCUCACACUACGGUCCUCAAGCUGGACUCACAGGUGGGUGGUAUCAUCGUGGAGACAUCCGUCACAGAGACAGCGACUGUAGUGAGUUUUGACUCUUUCAGUAAGGGCAACUUCACUGUACAGUUGAUAAACCACACAGACAAUAUGCCAGUCAAAUACCACCAGGCUCAUGUGAAAGAGGAACGAUCAUUGAAACCAGGAGAAGCUAUCCUCUACACUUGGCAGGACCCAACACAGUUACGUCAACUGGUGUGGAGCGCUGGGGAAAAAGAACAAAGGAAUGAUCUCAUCAAGGAUGGUAUCGGAGAGUUCAGAUUUGACGGUCAUCCAGUCUACUGGGUGUCAUUCUUGGAUGGUACUCAGAGGAUGCUUUGCUUCACUGAUGACCUGGCUGUAGCUACCAACGCUCAACAGGCAGCUGAGUUGGAACAGUCGGAUCUAGAACUGAUCUUAUCUCUACCAGGACUUGGGCUCUCUCUGGUCAAUAACCUGACUAGAACUGAAGUGGCUUACAUUGGCAUUAUCAGCUCUGGAAUCAUCUGGCAGAACAAGGUCCGUCGUCGAUGGCGUGAUCUAAAUGGGAAGCAGAUGAAACUUCUUGAGGAUGGGUACCAGAAGGCUCAGGUGGACCUCUCAGAUAAAGAUGCUCCGCCAAAAGUCACCAAGCUGGAGAGAGAUUUUGAGGUUGACUUCCGUUCGAUGAGCAUGUUGACACCCCAGCGUCGUUCCAUUCGGCGUACCUAUCACGCUGGUGUAUGGGCGCAGAUACGCACAGCGAAGCACCAGCUGCAGAUUCAUCUGAUGGUCCAUAGGAUCCAGAUUGAUAACCAGAUGCCUGCAGCAAUCUUCCCAACGGUACUAGCUCCGAUACCUCCCCCUAAGAGUGUGUCUGCAGAGAGUGCUCCCAAGCCAAUGAUCGAGUUCAGUUUAAUGAUGAGAUAUUCUGAACACAGUAAAGUCAAUCAGAUUAAAUAUCUACGCCUUCUGAUUCAAGAAAUGGCCGCUAAGGUGGAUAUCGGAUUUAUCAUAAAUCUGGCGGGACUCUUUGCUUCUGGGGCUGAAGCUACUGGCAUGGAGUUGAAGUGGAUGGAAGAUGACUUGAAGGUAUGUACCACCACCUACAAGGAGAGUGAAGCAGUUAAAGUGGCUCUAGCUGGAGACGUUAACUUCUUUGAUAACUUCCAUCUCUCACCCCUCAAGACCCAUGUGAGCUUCUCUCUGUCCGACACCGGUGGUGAAGAUAGUGAUUUGAGUAAAGUCCCACAGAAGGCAUCAGUGCAACAGAACGCUGUCAGAUUGAUCCUGCAGAGUGUUGGAGUCACUCUUACCAAUGUUGAUGACGUCGUCUUCAAGCUUGGCUUCUUUGAGCGAGAGCAUCAAUUCUAUUCACAGCAACAGAUCACAUCUGAGAUUAUUUAUCACUACACCAAUCAGGCCAUUAAGCAGCUGUAUGUACUGGUACUCGGUUUGGAUGUCAUUGGUAACCCAUUCGGCUUUGUGCGUGGUGUGCAGACUGGUGUGGUAGAUUUCUUCUACGAGCCGUACCAGGGGAUUGUCCAAGGACCAGAGGAGUUUGCUGAGGGUGUUGCCCUGGGCAUGAGGAGCUUGUUUGGACAUGCAGUCGGUGGAGCAGCAGGCGCUGUGUCUCGUAUCACCGGUACCCUAGGAAAGGGACUAGCAGCUCUGACUAUGGAUGAAGAAUACAAGAGGAAGAGACAACAAGCAAUCAAUCAGAAACCAGCAACCUUCCAAGAAGGCCUAGCAAGGGGUGGAAAGGGACUCGUUAUGGGUUUUGUGGAUGGAGUAACAGGUGUGGUGAAGAAUCCCUUCCAAGGAGCUAAGAAAGAAGGUGCCAAGGGUUUCUUCAAGGGUGUAGGGAAGGGACUCGCUGGUGUCGUUGCUAAACCUACUGGUGGUGUCAUUGACUUUGCUAGCAGUACGUUUGAAGGCAUUCGCAGGGUGACAGACAUGAGUGAGGACAUAGCUCGUCUACGUCUUCCUCGAUUCCUCCAUCUUGAUGGUAUCGUCAGACCCUAUGAGAAGUACGAAGCUGAAGGCUUGAAUCUAUUCCAUCUUAUCGACAAGGGCAAGUACGCCCUGACGGAGGACUAUGUCGCGCAUAUGAUGCUUACGGCAGAUAAGAAACAUUAUCUGGUAGCUACUGACAGGCGUAUCAUCCUAUCCAGCAAGGGAGAGGUGUUGGGUCAUUGGAACGUUGACUUCCAGUAUCCCUACAAAGACCUUAAAGAUCCACCAGUUUUGACUGAGAAGGGUCUACAAAUCAUGUCGAAGGAGGACGCUGAGAAAGGGAAGAAGAAAGGGUUUGGUCUUGGUCUCCUUAAAGGGAAGUCAGGACAUGGCAAGAUGGUCCAGGUCACCAGCAGGAAAGAAGCUGAGCUUUUUGUUGUCAAGGUAACCGAGGCCAUGGCAAAGGCACUGAAACUCACAGAGUGAUUCAUCCCAGGAAGAUUCAAGAGGAACUUCUGAAGAGACGGAAACCUUGCCGUUGGAAGAGCUGAGAAAGGAAAGAAAGCGGAAGGACGGCCAACCAGUGAAGUGGAUUCUUACUCUACAUGUAGUUUAAUAUAUAAAGUAUAUAUAUAUAUAUAUGGCAAUGACUGCAGUAGGUUUAGUGAAUAGUGAUGUGCGUUCAUGUCUGUAUUGAUGUAGACAAUACUCCAAAAAAUACUUUAAAAUGUAUUGAUGUAGUUAAUACUAGACAUUAUUCGAUUUCCAUGGAGACAGACUAUAGAUCAAGUCAUAACAAAUAUCUACUUCAUUAGAGUUUGAACAUGCCUUCUUUUGAGUAGGAUCUGUUGACUUUUAAGGUGCAAAUCAAUCUGAAAUGAUUGAAGAAACUCAAACUGAUCAUAAUUUUGAAAUUGAUUUUGUUCCUUUAAGGAGGAGUUAGUUAACACAAUUUUCAUAUAAUUUGUACCUACUGAGGUAUUAGAGUCGUACUUUAGGAUACAUCACUUAGAAUUAGAGAAUUAGUUUAUAUUUUACUUUUUAUUUUACAGAAAUCUACGCAAUUUCUUUUCUAAUUUUCUUCCGUUUUUAAAUAAUUUUUCUGUUCGGUGUAAGAGCCGUGUCGCAUGAGGGAACCUUUUACAACUCGGAGGCAACCAACUGCAGUGCAUGCUACAGGACUACUUUAGUAAUACAUAGUCAUUUCUUAAACAAUGUCUUACAAUCCCAAAGAAAAACAGGUGAACAUUGAAAUGUGGAUGCCUUUUCUUCUUGGAGAUUGCCUGCAAUUGGUUGGCUGUAACUUGCUUCGUUUGACAUGAACUGGUUCCUGUGCUGUCUUGUAAGAAGUAGGAUUUUAAACUUUGCAUGGUGGAAAUACGACAUGGAAAGGUUUGCGAUAACACCAUGUAAUGACUAUCUCUAACGAGUUGAGGUGGUUCUGAAAAGAACUGUUGGUUUCAACUCCUGUCUUGUAAUAAGUAUGACUUGACGUUACUGUGUCACUGUGAAACACUUCCACUGUUCAAACUAUGCGAGGCGACGGAUAGCUGGCAUAGUUUUGAUAUUCCUCUUGUCUAUUUUAACAUAUCCUCUGAGUUUGUUAUUUCAUUCUGUUUUGUGACAAUGACAGGAUUUCCAGGGCCCAAUUUCAUAGAGCUGCUUAAAAAGUUGCUCAGCAUGACAAAAUUUCGCUUACCAGACUAAGGUUACCAGCCAAACUAACAUGUACUGGUAUCCUGCUCAGCAGAAACGUGUCGAGGAAUAUUUUCUGCUUAAGCAGCUCUUUGAAGCUCUUUGACCCAGGUGUGGUAUAACUGAAGACAGGAAGCGUCUAUGAAAGAGUUCUGAAUGCCUUUGAAGAUUUGGUGUUUCUAUAUUUUUACUUCAUGAAAGUCUCAAGACAUUUUAAAGGAUAUAUUUUAUGUGGAAUAUAUUGCUUGUGAUAUCUUCGGUUUAGAAACAAACUAUGAAGUUUUUUCUUUUCUUGUUGAUGUUAAUUGUAAUCAAAAUGACUCAGUGUAAGUGAUAAAAUGAGUAGUUAUUUUUUGUUAUUUUAAGAGAAAAAAUGUGAACUGGAAUUUAUUUCCGUUUCUGUUUUUACAUUUUCAAAAUGAAAACAAGUAUACUACUUCCUGAAAACAGUUAGUUGUUGAACCUAAGUCUUGUAGUGGAAAACACAAAUUGUGUUUAAAGAUCCACAGUAUAAACAAAAUCCGAUUCUAUAAUUAUGGAAAAUGAUAAAAUAUAUUUAAGAAGUAUCUGAAAUGUUUAACAUUUAGAGAUAUAUGUGUGUUAAUGCAAUUAUAAGAAAUACUAUGUAUGGCUGAAUAUUAGAACUCGGUGUUUAGUGAGCUAAUACCCCAUUGUAUAUGAUAGUGAAGUAUUAAAAAUCAUGGUCAAAUAUAACUAAAUAAUAUUCAGCCUAUUUUCUACUCUGGCAGAUUAUGUGUUUUCUUUUUUACAAUUUACUUUAUGUGAUGGACUUGUUACUGUACUGUCAACAUUCUUUUUGUUUUCUUUGUGCAAUUGUUUCGUUUAGAACUUUAGGAUCUGUGUUUCUAUUCAGGAUCUGUGUUUCUUUUGGUAACGAUCAAAAUAUUGUUAAAGAUGUACAACUUCAGUGGCAUUACACACUUUGAAAAAAAAAAAUUAAAAUUGAGGACAAUAAUUCUAGUUAAUUUGCUGUCGUAAGGAAAUGUUCUAAAAUUAACCUGAGUGCUUAACCAAGUGCUAAAUUUUUUGCUUUUUUGUUUUAUUGUACUUGGUUAUUUUUCCAUAAUUUAAUUGUAGUAUAUAGCUUGUUAAAAUGGUAGAAUUGAUGUGUGUUGAAAUGGUGUGACAAUCUUUCAACACAAGCUGUGGGUGGUUUUUGUAUUUUAACGAGCAUUUGGCUGCUAAAAUAAAAGGGUUACUUUAAAGCUAUUGUUUUAUUUAAUUGCUUUUAAUUGCUUUACCAGGAUUUGUUAGUUUUUAGUUGGAGGUUUAAGAAAUAUUAUCUUGUCUGUGAUUUUAUAUAACAUUAAUGCCCUCUAUUGCCAUGUCAAAAUUAAUUUGAAAACAACUUGAGGUGAAGGGUGUUGCUAAUUUAACACCUUUUGAGUUUUGCUUCAUAAGCUGUUAAGCAAGCAGCAGAAAAAAAAAACAAGCAAAUUAUUUGCUAAAAAAAGGAGAAAAAAAACAUCUCGACCUAUUUGUGAAAGUUACUAGAUUGAAUUGGCUCCCAUUACAUCAAACAAUGAAAAAAACAAUUAAAAACAGCAUGUCAUAACACCACAGACACUUUCAUUCAACUUCUCAUUAUUUGUCUUACAAAAAUACACCAAUGACUACCAAACGAAGCCAUCUUAGAUAAAUGGUCAUUUAUAAAUGGUCAAUAAGCGGUGAUUUUCCCCAGUUCAAGUUCAAUAACUCUUUCUCCAUUUUAAAGAGGGAUGGAUUAAUGGACGAAGCUUGCUUUGAUUAAUCAUUUUUCGAAAAUGGUGUUUGUCUCUCGUGCAAUUUGUCUUUUAUCCGCCGAGGAAUUUCGUUCUUCAUGCCAAGCUAAUAUAUCGUGUAGCGUUUAAAUUUGUGGUGGGUUAAAACUAGAAUUACAGUAAUUUAGUGUAAAGCGAGUUAUAAGAUAAAGCUUCUGUAGUUCUAUACUAGCAGUGAGUUGCAAUAAAUAUAUAACUUGAGAUGGUAGUGAAGAUUU